AUGUCCGACCAUCUCCCAAAGCCACAGCGUCUGCGCGGCGUCGCCGCCGACGUUCCAUAUAAGGUGUGCUCCGUCGCUGUCGACACGUGCACAGCAGCUGAGAGCGGCCCCGUGAGCGCCGUGCACCUCAUCUGUGUCAUCACAUCCGCUGCGGCUGGCUGCUCCACCACCGAGCACCACCAGAGAAACAUGCACAGGACCGAGUCGCUGCUGGUGCUCUGCGGCGCGAUUGCCGUCCUCCUGCUGAGCGGCCCGGCCCAGGCCAGCAUCGGGUCCUGCGUCCGAAACUGCGGCCAGUGCAAGAGCAUGUACGGCCGGUUCUUCCAGGGCACCGCCUGUGCGGACGCCUGUCUGGCCGGGAAUGAGGGCCCCGACUGCUACAACCCCUCGAUGGUCUCGCGCUUUCUGAAGCGGCGAGCCUCGCCGGUGGUCCCCGCGUCCCCCGGGCUGGCGUCCCUCGGCGGCAAGUACGAGUAUUACAGCGUGGACGGCCAGCCGGCAGAGGCGCCCAUUUCCGGCAGCUCGGCUCUCUUCAGAAUGCUCUCAGCUCGAGGAGUGGAGGCGCGGAAGUAGCCCCGGCGAGCUCUGCACCUCCAUUACGCAUUUCCCCUCGUGAACUGACGAACAUGACCUCAUUAUCACUCUCCGCCUGAUAGCAUUCAUACGCGUGUGAAUGGGCGCUACUAUGUGUAUGAGGAGAUAUUGAAAUAUAAAUAACAUGCAUUCGCAAAUGAUGCAAUCAGCAACUGCGUUUCGAUCUUCAUGCGUCAAUAAAUAAUAAAUACCGUACGUUGAACGCUCCCAGGAUAACAACUCAGGAACGAAAUAUAGGUAUAUAGGUACUGGCUGCUGCAGGCAAAAGGCCAGUUUUUAUGUAACGACUAAGGUAGUAGUUAUAUGGAAUGAAAUAAAUACCCAACAUUGCUCCUU